AUGAUCUACAUUUAUGCAAAUUCAGUAUAUCUCACUAUUAGACCGAAAAACAGUCAAAGUCCCUUUAUUCUAGAGUUCAAGAGUCAUGAUCUUGCUCUGGGAGUGUUCAUGAAUAAAGAGCUGAACAAAACUUGUGAAAGUGAGCAAUUCUGCUUUUCUCAAAGCAUUAUGAUUGAAACUUUUUGGAUGGACAAUUCCUUCACUUCUGCAUUCUAG